AUGCGCCCCGCAGGUCGGGUGCGGGAGAAACCUGGCAGCCACUUUGACGCGAGCGGGCGUGAGUCCUCCCACACGGCCCGACUCAGCGCAGCAGCUCGUCCUAGUGUCCUCCCCGCCCCGCUACCGAAAGUGCAGCUGCCGCCCAAGGAGAGCAACCUCUUCAAACGUAUCCUGGUGGGUGGCAGGCGGGCCGGCCCUCGCGCUUGCCAGGAACUUCCCGGGGCCGUCUGCGGCGCCCCGAUCCUCGCCAGUCCCCCUCGGGCGACGUUCGUCCCUGCUUUGCACCCCAGUACCUGUGGAAGCCCAGCCUUCAGCCGUCAGAAAUGUUAUGAACAGAAGCAAUACAAAAAUGGCCUCAAGUUUUGCAAGAUGAUUCCUUCAAACCCCAAAUUUGCUGAACAUGGAGGUGAUGUUUUAUCUGUUGAGAGACUGCUGUGGGGAAAUCUAACGGCCAUGACUCUUAACAAUGAAAGAAUACUGUACUUCCCUACAUUCCAAGGCUUUGCAAGCACAAGGUCCCGAAUUCAGUCCAGAGUAACCACCCUCUGCAAAAGAAAGAAAUGUGAUGAAGCUAUUAAGUGCUACCAAAAUGCUCUCAGGUUGGAUAAAGAAAAUCUUCAAAUUUUGAGGGACUCUCUGUUGCAGAUCCAAAUGAGAGACCUUGAAGGUUACUGUGUAAGUACACGAUACCAGCUUUUGUAGUUGCAUCCAACACAGUGUGCUUCCUGUAUUGGAUAUGCCACUGCAUGCCAUUUGCUGAAAAAUUAUGAUAUGGCAAUAAAAUUGCUGGAAGAAGUUAGAUAAACUCAGCAAAGAAAUGAGACGUUAACAUUUUACAUAAUUGCUCUAGAUUUUAUUAUUAAAAACAAUAAAAUGUUGCAGAAAUGGCUAGAGUCCUCCUAUGUGCCUUUCCGAGGAGAAAUACUGUUGAAAUUGGGAAGAUUAAAAGAACUCAGUGAAGUAUUCAAAAAUGAUAGGAAAGCAGAAAAUUGGUAUUAUUAUGAAGGCUUGGAAAAAUCUCUGCAACUUAGCACUUUUGGAGAGAGGCUUCAGAUACAUGAAGAAAUUAGUAAGCAGCACCCUAGAGCAAUUUCACCUAGAAAAUUACCUUUGAAUCUUGAGCUCAUUAGCCGGAGAUCUGAUGUUAUCUGUUUCUGUAAUCUAGGAACUUGUUACUAUGAAGCCUCUCUUAAAACAUGUGACUUUUUUAGCCCUUAUGAAAAUGGGGAGAAGGUACCCCUGACAACUGUACUCUGGGUUCAGUAUUUCCUGACACAGAACUUUGGUAAACAUGAACAAUAUUUUUUGGCUUUGGAUUAUAUUAAUGCUGCAAUUGCGAGUACUCCAACUCUAAUGGAAUUGUUUUACAUGAAACAAAUUUACAAGGAAAAUUUUAAUCAUCAUAUGGGUAAUCGCAAAGAAGCUGCAAGUGGAUGGAUGAAGCAAUCUUUGGACACAGCUGAUAGAUUAAUCAGUUCUAAAUGUGCAAAAUAUAUGCUUUGAGCAAAUAUGAUAAAAGAAGCAGAGAAAUGCUCCAAGUUCACAAGGGAGGGAGUGUCUGCCAUGGAAAACCUAAAUGAAAUGCAUUGUAUGUGGUUUCAGAUGGACUGCAUUUCAGCUCAUCGGCGACUUGGGAGAUACGGAGAUGCCUUGAAAAAGUGCCAUGAUGUAGAAAGGGUAGGUUCAUUUUUUGAGAUAACCAAUGAUCAAUUUGACUUCCAUACAUACUGUGUGAGGAUGAUCCUUCGUGCCUAUAUUGACCUUUUGAGAUUAGAAGAUACUUUCAGAAGACAUGCCUUUUAUUUCAGAUCAGCAAUUGAAAUAUAUUUAAAAUUAUAUGAUAAUCCUUUAACCAAUGAAAGAAAACAAGAAAUAAAUUCAGAAAACUUGUCAGCCAGAGAGUUGAAGAAAAUUCUUAGCAAGCAAAGAAGAGCUCAGAAAAAGGCCAAAUUAGAAGAAGAGAGAAAGCAUGGAGAAAGGGAACACCAACAAAAAAUCAAAAGAAAAAAUGAGAAGGUGAAGAAGAAUCCAGUGGUCUUAAGAAAACUUAUACAUGAAAAAUUAGAAAAGGUAGAAGAUCCAUUAGAAGAAGCCAUCAAGCUCCUUAUACCUCUUAAGAACCUUGUUGCUUAUAACACUGACACACAUCUGUUAGCAUUUGAAAUAUAUUUUAGAAAAGGAAAGUUUCUGUUAAUGCUGCAGUCUGUCAAAUGAGCUUUUGCCAUCAACAGUAAUAAUCCAUGGUUACAUGAAUGUUUAAUUAGAUUUUCUAAAUCUGUAUCUGAACGUAGUAGCCUUCCAGACGUUGUGAGCAGUGUUCUGCUGUCUCAAGAAAUGCAGAAAAUAUUUUUUAACAAGGAUUUGGAAAGCUUUAAUGAGGAUUUUCUCAAAUGUAACAUUACCUCUCUUCAGCAUCUACUUUCAGGAAUUUCAGGCGCUACAAUGAUGUAUUUUCUGGACAAGUCAAGACAAGAGAAAGCAGUUGCUAUAGCUACUAGAUAGGAUGAAACUAUCAAAGAUAAAAAUAUGAAACCUUUAACAAAGGUUUCUGAGGCACUUCUUGAUGGAAGCUUGGGAAACUGUAACUCCCAAUGUGAAGAAUCCAGGAUCAUGAGUCACAACCUGCUUUCUUUUGCGUCUGCUUUUCUGCCUCCUGUGACUGAAGUCCAUAGUCCUAGUGCAGCACUGAACUACCCAGCUAACUACGUCUUGGCAAAUGAAAUUUGAAUCUUGUAGAAAACUGACUCCUACAGAACCUAAACUAAAUUUAUAUCACAGUUUAUUUUCUAGACUGCAUUUUAAUAUUUGUAUGAAAUGAAAUAUGUGGAUAGAAUUUUUAAAAGGCGUAUUCUGUAAGUUUAUUUUCUUUAUCUGACUGCCAAUUUACAUAAAUUUGGGUUAAAGUUAUUUUUUUAUACUCGUACAGUUUUUCUUAAACUCCCAAAUUAUCUAUCAGCACUGUAGUAUUAUUUCUUAUGUAUCAAAAUGAAGGCAAUUUCUUUAUUAAGAUAAAGUUGUAUAUAUACUCUCUGUAUCACUUUUUUUAGAUCCCAGUUUCAGGAUCCAUUUUGAUCCCUUGUCUUACUGAUUUGUUUUAUUAUUGUUUAUUUCUUUGCUUAUCUUUCCCCCCUUUUUGGGUGUUGUUUUAAAGUAUUGACAUAUUCUAAAAAAUAGAAUUUCUCUUGGCACACAGUGAGAUUCAUUUUGAACUUUAAUUUGCUUGUUUUAAACUUUGAUUUUUUUAAUCACUUGCCAUUUCCUUUAUAAUUAUCCAUAAAAAUAUGAUACUUUUUGGAUGGAUAAGGGUACUCCAUUAUUUAUGUAGAUUAUUCAGGAUGUGAAGAUUGGUUUACCUCUUAAUCACGGAAGUUCACUGGUAAAUUUGUUUCAUAUCAUAUAGUAGUAGGUAGACUUAAAACCCAAAUGGAAGAAUUAUACCUUCUUGCCUUAAUUACUUUGAAUACUAACAAGUAGUUUAUGCUAAGAAACAUGCCUUAAGGGUGCAUAAUAGGGCAGAAAACAAAAGUGAAGCAUUGUUACUUUCUUUUUUUUUUUCAUUGAGUUUAUUGGUACUUUUUA